CUUCAAGAUAGUCUCCCUUGAACUAGACUUAGAAAUAUUUUGUCAGUCAUCAAGGAUAUGUAAGAUAUUCACCACUCCAAUAACAACUUUGUCCUCCAAAUCAUAUUUUUCCCUUGCAAUAUUUUUUGAUUCUCAUAUAUGUAAGGCUUGAUUUCCAUAAUAAGCUCUUUAUGGAAGGGCUUGUUUGUUGGGUUAGACAGAAGGUAGAAAAGCUGAGACAGAGCAGCUGCUUCCAAAGCAAGUCAGAUCCAUAUGAGAAAGAAAGAAAGAAAUUGCUUUUAGAGAGAGGUAGCCUGCUAUUAAAGGAAAUGAUAACUUCUUGCAAAGAUAAAUGCCGGUGUAACCCUAUUCGAAGCAUCUCGGCAAGAGAAGUUCUCGAAGCGACGAAUAAUUUUGAUUCACAUUUCCAUGAUUCUUUCUAUUACAAGUGGUACAAGUGUACUCUUGAUGAUCGGCCGGUUCUACUAAAAAAAUACGAGCUCGAUUUUGAGAAUAUAGCAUAUCGUGACAUCGUGAUAAGUUCACAGAUGAGCAGCAACAAAAAUGUUCUUAGGCUGCUGGGAUGCUGCUUGGAAUUCUCAGGUCCAAUAUUGGUUUAUGAGUAUGCACCCUAUGGGGCUCUCGACAGCGUAGUUCCUUCAUUAUCCUGGAAAAUGAGGCUGAAAGCUGCGAAAGAUAUUGCGAAUGUGAUAACGUACCUCCAUGUCGCAUUUCCGAGGCCAAUUAUCUAUAGGGAUAUGGAUCCUUCAAAUAUUUUUCUGGACAAGGAUUUUGCUCCUAAAUUGUGUAAUUUUGGUUUCUCCAUUUCAAUUCCUGAAGGUGAAAGUCAUGUUGAAGAUAUAGUAAUAGGGCGUUUGGGGUUUGCAGAACCUGAUUAUGUCCGCACAGGGUUUAUUACCGAGCAUAUUGACGUUUAUAGCUUUGGGGUUUUUCUUCUCGCCCUUCUAACUGGACAAAAAGCUAUUGAUGAAAGUAGACCUGAAGGUAAUGAAAUUAUCGGAAAAUAUGUGUCAUACUUGUUGAAAGAUGAACAGUUUAGUGAAAUUGUUGAUCCUAAGAUUUCAGAAGAGGAUGGAGGAAUCUAUGAAGAGAAGCAGCUUCAAUUGGCAGCUUUUUUAAAACUGGCGUUGAGAUGCAUUGAAGAUAGAAGAGAAGAUAGGCCACACAUGAUUGAUGUGGCAAAAGAACUCGUCAAGAUUGAGAGGUUCACAUCUUAAAAGUUUUUCUAAAUUAGACUUCCUCGUGUGUUUGUAUUCAGUUUCUGGUUUAUGACUUGUUUUAUACCAUAGGCUUUGUUUGAGAUCAUGUAUGACAACUUAUGACAUAAUCUUAUUCACCAAAAAAAAAAAAAAAAAAGAGUUUUUGAUUGAAAGUCAAUUUCUUUU